AUGGCCACACAAGCCCUGGCCAACUGGUCCGUGGACCUAACCUACACUGCCCUCCCAACCGAAGUAAAAACUGCCGCCAUCCGCAGCUUCUAUAACUGGGCCGGCUGCACACACGCAAAGCGCUCGCCCGAUUCUCCGGCCCAGCCACCUCCCGCCUACUGGGCUCGGAGGGGCGGCGUCAAUGUCGACGCGAUGCACGCCGCAUUAUUCAACGGCAUCGCCUCGCAUGUCCACGACUAUGACGACACGCAUCUGGAUACAAUCAUUCAUCCCACGGGACCAGUUGCCUCGGCAUUGCUGGCGAUGGCCGAAUCACUGGAGCGCCCGGUUACUGGGGAGGAAUUCAUUACUGCACUUGUGGCGGGUGUCGAGGCGGAGUGUAAGGUCGGGCUGGCGGUUUGGCCGAGCCACUAUGAUGUGGGCUGGCACAUCACGAGCUCGACAGGAUCCAUUGGUGCCGCCGUGGCGGUCUCCAAGCUUCUUGGCUUAAACGCCACCCAAACCGCCCACGCGAUCGGCCUCGCUGCAACACAAGUCACUGGGCUACGAGAGAUGUUUGGCUCGCACACGAAAUCUUUUCAUCCGGGUCGGGCCGCUCAAAAUGGACUGCUUGCUGCUAUUCUAGCCGAGGAGGACUAUACCAGCUCGGUUCAGGCUCUGGAAGCGAAACGCGGUUGGGCAAACGUGGUUAGUAGCUCACAUGAGCUUGACGCACAGAUCGCCAGUCUUGCACCAGGAGGGAGGUGGGAGAUUGAACAGAAUGCGUUCAAGCCGUUCCCUUGUGGAAUUGUGGUGCAUCCUAUAAUUGAUGCGUGUAUCCAGCUACAUGCGGAGCUGGAGCGCGCCGAAUUCUCGGUCGAUCAUAUCAUGGAAGUGCAGGUGGAGGUUCAUCCUCUUGUGCUUGAGCUUACUGGAAAGACAUCACCUAAGGAUGGAUUAGAGGGAAAGUUCAGUGUGUACCAUGGUGGAGCGGUUGGGUUGCUGUUUGGAAAGGCGACCCCUGCGCAGUAUGAUGAUGGGGUUGUUACUGACCUGCGGGUUGUGGGAUUGAGAAACAGGAUUCAGGCGAAAGUGAACGAGAACUUCCGGGCUGAUGAGUGUCAUGUUACUGUUAUGUUGCAGAAGCAAAGUGGUGGGAAUGUUACUAUUGAGAAGCAUGUGGAUCAUGCGGUGGGGAGCUUGGAACGACCCAUGACGGAUGCUCAACUAGUGCAGAAAUUUGUCGAUCAGUGUACCCCUGUGCUUGGCCAGGAAAGAACGGAGAAAGCGAGUCAAUGGUGCUGGGAUCUAGAGAAACAAUCCGACAUGCGCCAGGUCAAGGCAGUGUUGUAA